AUUUUUUUUUUUUUUUUGGGGGGGGGGGUAUAGGUAUACUUGCAAUUCUUGCAAGGUCAACAUAGCCACCAUCAAAUACACGGGAGACGAUUUACCCAAAAAAAAUUCCAGAUUCCUUCAUUUGACUUACUUAUAUUUACAUAAACUUAUAAAUUGGCAAAUAACUUCCCUGAUAUCUGUAAAGCGGGCCGACUUAUAUAUCGUUAAGGUCUCGCAUCGUAGAAAGUCUUAA